UAAAAUUGAAACAGCCCUAACUAUGAGAAUUUCUCCCGGAAGACGAUUUAUCAAGAAAGUAUGUAUUUAUUGAGAUGUAGAGAGAAGAAAAACUAAAACAAUCUGAUACUGAUCUUAGUGUCUGUAACCUGAGGGGAGGAGGAGGAAAAAGAAAAGAUAAGGAAGGGAGAAAGAUGGAGGGAGAGGAGGAAGGGGGUAUAAGGCUGAGCAAAAGAAUUUCACAGGAGGAAGGUGAAGUCGAUUACAAGACCAAAGCAGGAACCGCUUGGAGCCAUUCCUAUCUCAAUCAGAAGCCAUGGCAUCCCCUCUCUUAUCCGAACCAGCGCCGCAAGUGGAUCGCCGAGCAGACACAUGCCCAGCGUGAGCGUCGAGCUGAGGAAGUCACUCGCGAGUAUGCGCAGGAGCAGGAGUUCUUUCGCCAGACUGCUUUAAUCUCAAAAAAAGACAGGGAAAAGGUUGAAAUGAUGAAAGCUGUUAGCUUCAUGUAUGUUCGUCCGCCUGGUUACAAUGCUGAAAGUGCCAAAGCUGCUGAGAUUGACGAUCAGAGGAAAAUAGAGGAGCAGAAUAACCCUUUGCAGGACCCUCCAACCGAAGGAACCUCCAGUUCAAUGCAACCAGAAGCCUUAUCUAGAAAAGGUCGUGCAAGUGAUGAAAAGAAGAAACCAAGGCCAAAAGAUGUUUUUGGGCGUCCUUUACCAACUGAAGAAGAAUUUGAGAUCCUAAAAAAUGCUCCAAGGAUGGACACUGGCAUUCAUGCAAGGGUAAAGCCAUUUGGCAUUGAGGUGCGUAAUGUGAAGUGUGUGAGAUGCGGAAAUUAUGGACACCAAAGUGGCGAUCGUGAAUGUCCAUUGAAGGAUGUUAUAAUGCCAAAUGAAGAGAGUCGGCUCAGACGAGAUGACCCUUUGAGUGCUAUCAUGGCUCACGCAGAUCCCAGUGAGCCUCUUAAGUGGGAGCUGAAGCAAAAGCCAGGACUGAGUCCUCCUCGUGGAGGUUUUAGACCAGAUGAUCCCAAUCAACAAAUAGUUGCUGAGGAUAUAUUUGAUGAAUACGGAGGUUUCCUCAGUGGGGAUCCGAUCCCCGAGCUACUGAGUAAUUUUCCCUUGAGUAAACCCAGAAAAAAAUCUAAGAAAGGUAGUAAGCAUAGAAAGCGUUCAUCACAACAUUACGGAAAUGAGCUUUCUUCACUUUCUGAAAGUGAGGAGAAGAGGUCACAAAGAAAGGAGAAGAGGCAUAAGAGAAAGAAGCGAAAGCAUCCCAAGCAGACCUCAUUGGAUGAAUCUGAGUCCGACACUCAUAGAAAUAGCAGAAGAAAUUCUUUUCAUCCAACGGAAGAUUUUGGCUCAGCUAGACUCGUAAGAGAUCAAAAUGGCUGGAAAAAACAUUUAUCUUCAUCUGGAAGGGUAUUUGAGAGGCAUAGGAGAAACGAGAAGGGCGUGCAUAAACAGUCUUAUUCAUCUGGAGACUCUGACUUUAGGAGGAAUCGUGGAACUAGAAAAGAGAGAAAAAUACACAAACACUCUUAUUAUUCUGGAGACUCCGACUCUAGUAGGCAUUGUGGAACUAAAAAAGAGAGAAGAAGACACUCAUAUUCUUCUGGAGACUUCGACUCUAGUAAACAUCAUGGAAAUAAAAAAGAGAGAAGAGAGCGUUCUUACUCAUCUGAAGAUGAUUCUGAUAGGCAAAAGAUAAAUGAGAAGAGUAGCCACAAACACUCUUAUUCUUUCAAAGAUUCUGACUCACAUAUACGCCGUGGAAGUAAACAGAGUCAGCAUAAGUCCCCUUACUCAUCUGAAGAGGAUUCUGAUAGGCAUUCUAGAAGAGGAUGGAGCAGACAAAGAUAUCUUUGUGCGCAUUCAUUUGCAGAUACUGAAUCUAAUAGAAAUGGCAGAAACAUACACCGACAACGGUAGAGUACACUGUGAAAGAUUCUGAGUCUGAUAGAAAUGAUAGAAGCAAACACCGACAACAGUAGAAUACACAGUGAAAUGAGGCUCAUCGCAAGCAUACUAUAGCUUUAUGCUAGGUAACAUGCCUAUCUACAUAUGUUCUGGCUUUCUGUCUACUGGCGGCUAAUCUAUAUAUUACAGUAAUUCUUAAGAUUGGAAUGCAUCUUAUUGUGUUGUUUUUAUGGGUAUCUUCUGAGUAUUUCCCAUUAAAAGUGAAGCCUCUAGUUCUUUA